CGAAGACAGGGAAGGGGGAGAGAAGAAGUUGGAAUGGAGGGGGGAUUAGGGGUGGGGACGAAGCUAGGAGUGCCAGUGCUCAGCCUACCGUCGUUCAGUUUGUGUCGGUGAGUGCCGCUAUGUUGUGAGUGUUCCCUUAUUUAAAAUAUCUUCCUAUAAUUUAAAACCAUGGCUAUGGAACUAGUACUCCACAGUCCAGUUGGAGCUGAAGCGGUCGUCUACCAAUGGCCGCUUACCUCUGGAAGGGGAUCGGACAAACAUGAUAGCGCCCUUGAAAUAGUUGAAACUAUUAGAUGGGUAUGCGAGGAUUUUCCUGAGCUGAAGUUACCGUUAGAGAACAACAUACUCUCGGAUUUCGAUACUAAAAGCUACGAAAGUAUGAAGAACCUAUGCGAUCGCUUCAAUAGGGCUAUAGAUAGCAUGGUAGCUUUGAGUAAAGGAACUUCUCUAUCUCAGCGUAUGAGCAAGAAUCCUUCAAGAGGUCUGCUUCGACAUAUUCUGCAGCAAGUUUAUAAUCAAGCAGUUUAUGAUCCUGAAAAGCUAAAUCAAUAUGAACCAUUCUCGCCAGAGGUUUAUGGAGAAACAUCUUUUGAUUUAGUUUGCCAGAUGAUAGACCAAAUUGAUAUAACUAGUGAAGAUAUAUUUGUUGAUCUUGGCUCAGGAGUUGGACAGGUAGUCCUCCAGAUGGCUGCAGCUACUCCAUGUAAAAUCUGCCUUGGAGUUGAAAAAGCUGAAGUUCCUUCAAAAUACGCAGAAGGCAUGAAUGUUAAUUUUAGAAAAUGGAUGGGUUGGUAUGGUAAGCAUUUUGGAAACUAUCAACUAAUAAAAGGAGAUUUUCUCACCGAAGAACAUCGAGAAAAAAUAGUUUCAGCAACAAUAGUAUUCGUUAAUAAUUUUGCAUUUGGUCCUACAGUUGAUCAUAUGCUUAAGGAAAGAUUUGCAGAUCUAAAAGAUGGAGCAAGAAUAGUCUCUUCUAAGUCAUUUUGUCCCCUCAACUUCAGAAUUACUGACAGAAAUCUAUCAGAUAUAGGCACUAUUAUGCAUGUUUCUGAAAUGACACCUCUACGUGGUUCAGUAUCUUGGACUGGCAAGCCUGUUUCAUAUUACCUUCAUAUUAUAGAUAGAACCAAGCUUGAAAGGUACUUUCAGCGUUUGAAAAAUCCAAGAGGGAAGGGAAAUUUUGCUAAUGAUAACACAGAAGUUAAUGGUGAAGGACAUCCUAAGAGAGCCUGUCGUCGUGACAAAAGUUUGGAAUGGAGUUCAGAAGAUGAAAUUACCUCUGACGGAAGUGAUACUCCUAGAGUAACAACUAGAAGAGCAUGGUCAGAUUAUUGCACAAAAGGUAGAUCAUCCCAAAGUGAUGAAGAUAAUAACAAUAAUCGUGGAAAAAAUCGCAAUGGGAAAAAGAAGGUGAGAAGGAAAUUUGGUAGGAAUAGAAAAUCUGGAAAUAGAUCUGAUAUUUCUCUGCCAAUACCACGUACUACAAAACGUAGUAAAGGCAAAUCAAAGCGAGGAAAGGCAAAGAAAACCAUAAAAAUAACGGGUCUAGACUUGUUACAUAACGAAACUUUGCUGAGUACAUCAACUCCAGCUACUGGAAAGAAACCGCCUCCUGCUCCUGGUUGUGUUGAUCAACAAUUGACAUCGCUCACUGCUGCACCAUCUACUAUACAUGAAGAGUUAGAAAUCCCUCCAGCACCAGCAGAUACUCCAUAUGCUCUUCAAAUUUUAUUGGACCUUUAUAGAGAUCAGAUGAUGACUAUAAUUGAUACUAUGAAAAAUCCUGAGUACAAAGAAGUUGUCAAAAAGCACAUAGCUGAAGAAAGGGACAGAAAUCAGAAAUUGACAUGCCGAGCUGCUCAACUGGAAAAACAGAUCAAGGUAUUAAUUGAUGAUAGUGUCGCUUUGUUAAAAAUGAGAAUGGCAGAGCUUGGAAUCAAUGCCAAUACCCCAAAUGACCUUUUAUCAAAAGCAAAAGAAAUUGUUAUGAGGCAUAAGGAGUUGCAAGCUAAAGCAACUCAAUUACAACAGCAGGUAAAUUCCAUGGAAGAAGAACAUUCCCGUCUUGUUAAUGAACGGCAAGCUGAGAUGGUAGCAGCUGGACAUCAAAUUGGCAUUAAUGCUCCAUUGACUAAAGAACAUUUAUUACAAGAAAUUUUUGCCACCAUGUCCCACAGAAAAAAAUUACAUUCGCACGUGAACAGAUUGGAGUCAGAGGUAUCUGUUUUACAACAACAAUAUGCUUCUCAUCAUCCUAAUAUGCCUGUAAAAUCUUCAAUAGAAAAGUCCAUAAACGGUGUAAAGUCAAGCCGAAAAAGCCGAGACAAUAGGUGUAGAUCACAAGAUUGGCCUGAUGUUCCUGAUGUUGGAAAAAUAGAAGAAAAUAACCCAGAGAUACUAGCUCAGAAGAUAUUAGAAACUGGAAGGCAGAUAGAAGCUGGAAAAAUUCGUGAAACUUCACGCUAUAAGGAGCCUCUUAGUAGGCAUAUUCAGCAUGCUCAACCAGCACAGAAAGUUAUCACUAGACCUAGUUCUAUUAAUUCAGGAAGUUUCACUUCCAAUCGAGCUCAAGAGCCUCCAAGAGUUGCAAAUUUUGAAGAUCGGUUGAAAAGUAUUAUCACAACUGUUCUUAAUGAGGAUCAGCAAGCUAGAAAUUUGGCUGGUACAAAAGAAAGGGAAAGAAGACUUCCUAUAGCUAAUAACAUUGCUUCAACUAUUACCACACCUCAGCCUGAUUAUACUCAGGUGUCUCCAGCUAAAUUAGCUCUAAGGAGACAUUUGUCCCAAGAAAAAUUAGCUGCUCAGCACACAGUUUUUCCACCUACUCCAAAUAUUGUAGGAACCAGAACUAUAGGUGACCUUGUCAAUGGAGAAAUUGAGAGAACAUUGGAAAUUUCUAAUCAGAGUAUUAUUAAUGCUGCUGUUGAUAUGAGCACAACACCUAAUACAGUACUUAAUCUUCAUGUACCGCCAAGGCCUGAAAGAGUUUCGCCUCCUGGUCCCCAGCCAUUUAUACAUAAUAGACUUCCUCUUUCUCACCAGAUGUAUCCUCAUAUAUCACGUUAUGGACCAGUUCCAUUACCAAGGGCUGAACUGAAACCUUAUCAUGAGUCUUAUUUUAAUGACAUGAAACCAUACAUUCGUGAUGAGCCAGUGGAAGGUUUAGCUGCUACUCUACAUGCAAGAAUCUUAAAUGGGGAAGAAGUAAAGCAAGAAGAUGGUGAUAAUUUGCACCCUUAUGAAGGAGGUUUACUUGACAUUAAGCCUGACCCAAUUCAAAUGGCCUUUAAACGAAGUAGCCCUCAUCAGGAAUUUCUUCCACCAAAGCGACUUCUUGUAGAAGCAGAAAUUCCUUCAUUUCCAGUUUCAUUGUCACCUCAUCGUGUCGAAGAAGGAGGAGACAAGUGGCAGGACAAAAUAAGCUGUGGGUUUGAUAGGUUAGUUGCUUUUGCAUCUACCGAAUUAGAAAAAAGAAGAAGGAGUACAGAAGGUGGUAUCAGCUGCAAUACAAGUCCUGAUUCAGGAAUAGGUCAAUGUGAAAACAUAAAUAAAGAUACUAAGAGAGCUCUCAAUGAGCCACCUCAACUGUAUCGAACCAAACUAUCACCAUGUAGAGAUUCACCACCAAUAUUAGAACCACCAUUAGCACCACCAAGAACACCUUCUCCAUCUCCCUCUACAUCUCCCCCACCACCUUUGCUACCAUUAGAUGGACCUUAUUCACCAGUUACAAUCCACAGCCCUCCUGCACUGCCACCAAAAUACCAAAGAUCAUCUUCAUCCGAACACCAUCACUUCAAAAAAAAAUUCUAUCAUCAUAAAGGAAAGUUUAGACCAAAAGGUAAAGAAUGGGAUUGGCACCAUGUACCUGAAACACAACAACCUUGGUGUUAAUGUAAUUUUCUUUUAGGAUAUGUGUUUUAGUUGACAAAAUUAAUCAAAAAAAUGUAAGUUAUUCUUGAUUCAGUUAUUCCAAAUAUUCAUGAAAUUUCUUUGUUCCUCUAAUUAUUUUUAUGAUUGAAAAAAAAGGAAAAAUAUAUAUUUCACAAUUUUAUUGAAAUUUCCUUAUUAUUUGAUUUUGUAAUUUAUGUGUACAUUACUAUGAUAAUUAUAAUUACUAUAAGAAUUAUUAAUGAUCAUAUGUUUGUUAUUUAAUCUGAGUUGUAAAUUUUAUUUAAAAUAUUUUUUUUUAACUUAAUAGAAGGAAUAAUUAAUGUUCUAUUUAGUUUUAAGUAUAAAGUACAAAAAAUUGAUAGUUAUUCUAUUAUUAUUAAAAUGAUUACCAUUUGUAAAACAUGCAUUUAAUUCGUAAUUUUGUACUUUAUAAACAUGUGUUCACAGAUCAUUUCAUCAUAUGAAAUAAUUAUUGUUAAAUGUUCCUCAUGCCUAAGACAUAUAAUUUAGACCUAUUUAGCAACGAAUACUUCAGAUGACUAUUUAUUAAUUUAUCCAGUAAAAUUCAAUUGGUGAGAGAUGUCCAAUUUUAAUUUUUUUUUCUCUAAAAUGUUGUUUUGAUUUCUAUAUUGUGAUAUAUUUUUAUACUAUAUUUUUAAUUGCCUAAAGUCACAAGAACAUUUUUGACAUUAUCUGUUUUGUUUUAAAGGAGUAUUUUAUAUGAUAGACAAAUAAUAUAAAAUAAAAAAAGUAAAAGUAAUUAUUUUUUUUAUAUUUAAAGAAUCAUGAUGACCAGUGUUAUUUUUUUAAUUGUCUUAUUUGUGAUAAAAAAAAAUUCGAAUUAUGAAUCUGAUGAAUAGUAGUUGUUUGGUUUAAAAUGUGCUUAGCAUUUGGAACUUGCCUCUCAUACAAUUUAUUAGUUUAGAUUUUAUGAUUAAUUAUGUAUGGUUGAAUAGAAAUUCUCAUUGUGGUGUUGAUACUUUCAGGAGAUUAGAUUUCUUAAAAUCUUAAAUCCUGCUUUUUAUUUGUAUUGCAUGAUAUUGUAUCAAUUCAUGAAAAUAUGCUGAACCAAAAUGGGUUUAUAUAACAUAUAAUAAUGGUUGGCACUUGAUUGGAACAUAGUAAUGUUGAUAAAAAGUUUAUUUUCAAGAAUAACUCAAAUAUUCUUUAUUUUUGUUUCCUUAGAGAAGAAAAACAUUUAAAGAUUUAUAAAUAAAUAAAGGGAUAUAAUUUGUGAUGGUUAAGAAUCGUUCUCAUGGUUUUUUUCCUAAUACAUAUAAAUUUCAAUUGAUCUGUAAGUAAUUUUUCAACACCUAACUAAUGAUACCAUUAACAUUAUAAAAUGUUAGUGUAUAGAUUAUAUUGUUUUCAAGAAGACAUAGGCUCUUGUUAAAGACAUUUAUUACAAUGCAACCAAUAUUUAAGAUAAAAAUGAAUGUUAAUGCCAUAUCAAAAGUGGCUAGGAAAUUUUAAUAAUUCGUUAGAUUUGUUGAUGUUAUAAAAGUUGAAAACAUUAGCUGUUGUUAUAUUAUUAAAUAUAAAGUAAUUGUCUAUGUGUUUUAGAAUCUGCUUAAUGGAUAUCUGUUAUCUAGAUGUAUAAUUGUUAGGGAAAACAAAAAAAAAAUUUCAUAAUGAAUUUUAAUUUAAUUUUUUUUUAACAAGUUAAUACAGUUGCAUUAUUAAGUAUUUUAUAUUGACAACAUUUGGUUUAUAUGUAUGAGGAAUGCAUUUGUAUUUAAUUAUCCAUAUAAGUUAAAUGUAGUAUUUAAUCAAUUAUUUAUAAACACAUAUCAGUACACAUUUUAUUAAAAUUAUUAAAUAUGAAAUUGAUGAUAGGGGAACUGUAUUUUAUUUUGCCAGUUUUGUGAGAUAAAGUUUCAAAUAUUCCAGUUUAAUUCUUCAAAUAUUGGUAAUGACAUCUAUAACACAAUGUCUACUCACAAAAAUAUAUAGAUACAAUGAAAUAUUUUAAAGUUCAAAAUACAAAAUUUUAUUUUGUAUAAAGCCAUUAUUCAAAAGACUAGAUAUAUAUAUUUUUAAGCACAUACAACCUCACUUUCAUCCACUAACACAGACAUACGUACAUACAGUAUAUACAGAUGACAUGUAUCGUAAAGAGAAUAUGUUUUUUUGUUAUAUGUAAAUAUCUUAAUUGUUUAUGUAUUGUAAAAAUUGAAUCUUGUAUUUACUGGAAUUAUUCAAGAUUCAGAAAUCUAUGUAACAAGUGAUUUAUUUAUUAAUGUACCGAUAACAUGUACAUUUAUGUUUAAAUAAAGAUGAUCUUUAUCCUAUAGUUACCAUAAAUAUUUAAUGGAAUCUUUGUAUAAAUUCUAAUAUGAAUUUACUUAAUUGUAUAUUUAUUUGUGAAGCUACAUAUUGUUUCUUGGUAUUUUUUUUUCAAAGUGAAAUGUGCUGCUAUAACUCACCAUCACUGCCAAUGUGUUCUUUGUUUUAUAUUCAGUUUAAAUAAAACUAUAAAAGUGAUUAAAUUUGUUCUUUUUUUUU